GGUAGAGAGAGAGGUAGAGAGAUAAAUAGAGGUUUUAAGAGGCCCGAGGCCGAGAGUACAAGAGAUAUAGUAAUUAUAUUGGAGAGCAGCAGUAAAACCAGAGGAAAGCAUCCAUCCCUCUCCUUUCCUUUGCGCCUCUUCGCCGCCCCUAACUGGCUCACGUGAAGCCACUCCCGUGCUCAGAGAUCGACGGAUUCGCUCGCUUCAGCCACUCGCCAAGACUCAUGCCCUCCUUCUCGAAAUCGAAGUCGAGAGACCCGAGCUUUCCUUUUCCAGCGGGAGCAAUGUCACUCGCACCUGACUUCCUCCUCCUCUUCCUCGUUCCCGUGGUGGCAGCAGCCUUCGGACGACCGCAUUGAACCACCAUUUGCACUCCCCAGCCCCUUCUGCUAUGCUCUUAUGCUACUUUCUCUCUCGAUGGAAUCGCAGCCCGUUUCUCCAAGGUGCGAUUUUUAUCUCUCCUUCCUCCUCCUCUGUUUGUCGUUCUCUUUCCUUCGCGCUUCCGCCGCCGGCGACUUUGAUGCGCUUCUGGCCUUAAAGUCCUCAAUAGAUCCUCACGGCUCCCUGCCGUGGCGGCGAGAGUCCGCCUCUGGGCCCUGCGGCGGGUGGAAGGGGGUGAAGGAGUGCUCCCCUGAUGGCAGAGUAACCAAGCUGGUGCUCGAAUUCCUCAACCUCACCGGGUCAUUGAACCGGGAAUUCCUCGCUCCUCUCGACCAGCUUCGCGUCCUCAGCUUCAAGUCCAACUCGCUCUCCGGCAACAUUCCCGACCUAUCCCCGCUUGUCAACCUCAAAUCCCUCUUCCUCAACGACAACCAGUUCUCCGGCCGGAUCCCCGAAACCGUCGCCGCGCUCCACCGCCUAAAAGUGAUCGUACUUUCCGACAACCUUCUCUCCGGCCCCAUCCCGACGUCCCUCGCCGGACUCCCACGGCUUUACGCGCUCCUGCUACAAGACAACCGCCUAACGGGGAAGAUCCCGGCCUUCAACCAACCCAGUCUCAGCUACCUCAACUUCUCGGGCAACAACCUCUCGGGUGAGAUCCCGGCCACCCGCGCCCUCGUCCGCUUUAACCUUUCCUCCUUCCUCGGCAAUUCCCACCUCUGCGGAGCUCAAAUUGGAGCCCCCUGCACCCAGAAGUUGAUCUUUCCGCCGCCGUCCCUCAGCCCAGAGUCGUCCUUUGGCCACGUAAAUGCCUUUCCUCCCUUUCUCCCUCCCACCCACAAUAAAAGCAGCAGGCGAAGGAUCAUAGGUAUCGUCGCCGGCUCGGUCGCCGGGGCGGUGUUCCUAUCGAUAUGCUUGGCUCUCGCGUUGCUAUUGGCAUGCAAGAGGAAGCUUAGAAGAGUGGUCGAGAGCCGAUCGAUCGGAGUCGGAUUGGGUGGCCGCAGCAAGCCCGCGGAGGAAGACGGUGGCAGAAGAGGAGAAGGCGGCGGAGACGGAGGAGGAGGAGCAGGAGGCGAAGGAGCGAAAGGCGGGUUCUCAUGGGAGGCGGAGGGGAUCGGGAAGCUGGUGUUCUGCGGCGGCGUGGGUGAGAUGUACAGCCUGGAGGAGCUGCUGCGUGCGUCUGCGGAGACGCUGGGGCGUGGGACGGUGGGGAGCACGUACAAGGCGGUGAUGGAGUCCGGGUUCAUCGUGACGGUGAAGCGGCUCAAAGAGGCGUCCCGCCCGCCCGCGGACGAAUUCCGUCGCCGGAUAGAGGACCUCGGCCGGCUACGUCACCCCAAUCUGGUGCCCCUCCGCGCCUACUUCCACGCCAAGGAGGAGCGCCUCCUCGUCUACGACUACUUCCCCAAUGGCAGCCUCUUCUCCCUCAUCCACGGGUCGCGUCCAUCCGGGAGCGGGAAGCCGCUGCACUGGACGUCGUGCUUGAAGAUAGCGGAGGACGUGGCCACCGGCCUCCUGUACCUCCACCAGAGCAACCCGCCGGCCGUGCACGCCAACCUCAAGCCCUCCAACGUCCUGCUUGGCCCAGACUUCGAGUCCUGCCUCGCCGACUAUGCUCUAAUCCCGUCCCUCCUCCUCCUUCCCCCGGCCUCACCCCACGACCUCGCCGCCCCCUCCUCCUCCGCCGCAUCCUCCUCCCUCUUCUACCGCGCGCCCGAGUCCCGCCUUCCCAAGCCCUCCUUCACCCCCCUCUGCGACGUCUACAGCUUCGGCGUCCUCCUCCUGGAGCUCCUCACCGGGAAGACCCCGUUCCAGGACCUGGUGGAGGAGCACGGCGCCGACAUCCCCCGGUGGGUCCGCUCCGUGCGGGAGGAGGAGCGGAACGACUCCGGCGAGGACCCCGGGUCGUCCGGGAACGAGGCAUCCGAGGAGAAGCUGACGGCGCUGCUGAACAUCGCUGUGGCGUGCGUAGCGGUAGAGCCGGAAAAGCGGCCGCCGAUGCGGGAGGUGCUGCGGAUGAUCAGGGAGGCGCGGGCGGAGGUGAUGGUCUCGUCCAACAGCAGCGACCACUCGCCGGGGAGGUGGUCGGACACGGUGCAGAGCUUGCCGAGGGAGCAUGGAUCGGAGGGCUUCGCGGAGAGGGAUUAAUGACGACGAAGGGAAUAAUUUGUGUGGGUGCGCGAGCGAUUUCCUCGUGGAUGGAAGUUGUAGAGCGCUGUAGCGCGAGUGUACCAAAGAAUGUGACUAUUGUUUUCCCCCGAGACUUGAAAGAAACUACUGGUUUUUGUUCUGGUCUUCUGUUCCACUAGUUUUCCGAUCUUUUUGUAUCUUUCAUUUCAAGUUCACGAUGUAUUGUUUUCUUUAAACUUUGAAGGGAUAAAAAUAAUGUUUCGUGUUUUAUCUA